AUGGGACUAGUGGAACUAACACGUCGUGAAACCUUUUCGGCCUGUCAUCGUUUACAAAAUGCAACAUUGAGUGAUACUGAAAAUGAUCAAUUAUAUGGUAAAUGUAACAAUUUGAAUGGUCAUGGACAUAACUAUAUUUGGGAAGUAACACUUCGAGGACCAAUCGAUCAAAAAUCUGGAAUGGUAUACAGUUUGGCUAAUUUGAAAAAUGAAAUGAAAAUCGUAUUGGAUGAAGUGGAUCAUAAGAAUUUGGAUAAGGAUAUUGUUUAUUUUAAAAAUAACACAAUGAAAACGGCAAUGUUUUUGAUAGUUUUAUAUUAUACCGUGUUCACAGUUCACGCAGCUACAUAUCGUGCCAAGCUAAAGAAAACUGAAUCCAUACGUCAACAACUUAUACGGACCGGAAAAUUAGAGGAGUACAGCCGGCUAAUCCAACCAUUGCUGAAACAGACCGGAGAUUCCGGAACUGCUGAGUUUUGGGAAUAUAUGGAUGUUGUUUAUGUAUUCAAUAUUACUAUCGGAUCACCACCACAACGUUUCGAGAUUAUUCCCGAUACAGGAAGCUCAGAUUUAUGGGUUAUUUCAACUGAUUGUAACGACACUUUGUGCAUCGGAAAUGAUGUGCACACAAAAAAUCGAUUUCAGUCAAGCAUAUCUUCAACGUAUUCAUCAUAUGAUCAAAAUUUUUCAAUAAGUUAUGAGUUAGGCUAUUCUGCAGGUGUACUUGGGAUUGAUCAAGUUUCAUUUACUAACUUUACAAUUAAAAAGCAAAUAUUCGGUCAAGCAAAUCACCUUGCCCAUAUCUUCGGUGUUCUUCCAAUUGAUGGUAUAAUGGGUCUUGCUUGGCCAGCUCUUUCAUCCUUUCACGUUACUACACCGAUAGAAAAUAUAAUUGACGAAUUUGAUUUUCCAAUGAUAACAAUUUACAUGUCCACGCAUUAUGAAUCAAUAAUGGGAGAUGAUGGAGGCGCAAUUACGUUUGGUGGUUAUGAUCUCGAAAAUUGCGAUACAUUGAUCAAUUGGGUACAGUUAACCUCACAAACUUUCUGGCAAUUCACCAUACAAGGUAUGAAAGCUGGCACAUACAAAAGCAAUAGCUGGCAACAAGCAAUCUCCGAUUCCGGAACAUCCGGCCUGCAAAUACCAGCAUUUCUGAUGAGGCCAAUCAUGAAACAAAUCAAUGCUACGUAUUCAUUUCGAUAUGCAGCAUACGUGGUUGAUUGCGUCAUGCAAGCUAUUGGUCCUGAAAUUGAAAUUAAAAUAGGCGGUUUUUUCUACACAAUACGGCCCGUUGAAUAUGUUCAAGUGCAGUACAGCAAUGGAAAUCAACUGUGUUUUUUUUCUGCACUAGAGAAUUUCGGUAUCGGAUUCAGUCCAUCGUGGAUUCUCGGUGAUGCCUUCAUCCGUUCCUAUUGCAAUGUCUAUGACUUCGGGAAUGGUCGCAUUGGUUUCGCUGAAACUACAUGGUGA